AUGGCAUUUCAGCAUUGUUUUCCGGAUGAAUCAAAAACCAUUUCAAAUUCAGUAUCAGAAGCAGAAAAUUUCAACGGCUGUUUCGACUGCAACAUCUGCCUAGACUUUGCGAAUGAGCCGGUAGUCACGCUUUGCGGCCACCUUUACUGCUGGUCUUGCAUCUACAAGUGGCUCCAUGUCCAAAGUGAUGAUUCUCUUGGAGUCGACGAACAUCCGCAAUGUCCUGUAUGCAAAGAUAACAUAUCUCAUACAACAAUGAUACCGUUGUAUGGCCGCGGAAGCCAGGCUCCGUCGAGUGAGAAAUCGUCAUGUUUUAAUGGUAAUUUUGUACCACCAAGACCAUCUGCUUCAGGUGCUCAAGCUCUUUUAAAAUUGGCAACCGAGUCUCAGAGCAAUCAGCAGCAGCGGCUGCUUCCGUAUCGUAAUCCUUAUCGCAGUGGAUAUUACCAACAAGAGGAUGAUGCUACUUCGCAAAUGCUCAAUCUUGGUGCUUCUGUGACCUCAGGGUCUCAGAACCAUCCCGUGGUUGGGAUGUUUGGGGAGAUGGUUUUCUCCGGGGUAUUCGGAAGUUCGAGGAAUUCUUAUGAGACGGCGCGGAGUAAUGACUCUAGAAUGAGUAGGCAGGAGUUGCAGACUGAUAAGUUUUUGAAUAGGAUUUCAAAUUUUCUCUUUUGUUGCCUUUUUGUAUGUCUUAUUGUAUUCUGA